UAUAAAGAAGCCCAUUUUUCUCUCAAGAACCUACUCAUUUACUCGGACCACCAACUUGCGACCGAAGAAAACAAAACAAGACUUGGUCUCUAAGAACCAACCACUCCUUUGGUCCGUGUCUUCAUCAGAAUUAGAUUCUUAAUGGCUUAUUCUUCGUUUCUAGACAUAUCUCUCGAUCUCAACACUAACCCUUUCGAUCGUAAUUUCCCCGAAAAUUUUCCGAAGAAGGAGGUCAACGUUUCGACUUCUGCUGAUUUGGAAAGGAAAUGCUUGGUGAAAGAAGAGAGCGCAAAUGAGCUAAGAGAGGAGCUAAACAGAGUCAACUCAGAGAACAAGAAGCUAACAGAGAUGCUAGCAACAGUCUGGGAGAACUACUACGCACUUCAUCAUCAUCUCGAAAAACUUCAGAGUCGAAAUAGCCCUGAAAUCGAUGAACAACCAACAAAGAAAAGAAAACAAGAUCCGGAUGAUUUCCUAUUAGGCUUUCCUGUUGGACUCAGCAGUGGCAAAACUGACAACAGCUCUAGCAACGAAGAUCAUCAUCAUCAUCAUCAACAUGAGCAAAAAAAUCAGCUUCUUCCAUGCAAAAGACCAGUCACUGAUAGCUUCAACAAAGCAAAGGUUUCAACAGUCUACGUGCCUGCUGAUUCUACCGACACAAGCUUGACAGUAAAAGAUGGAUAUCAAUGGAGGAAAUACGGACAAAAGGUUACAAGAGAUAACCCGUCUCCUAGAGCUUACUUUAGAUGCUCGUUUGCGCCGUCUUGUCCAGUGAAAAAGAAGGUGCAACGCAGCGCAGAGGAUCCGUCCUUACUGGUAGCGACAUAUGAAGGGACGCAUAAUCACUUGGGUCCGAACGCUUCUGAAGGAGAUGCUACAAGUCAGGUUGGGACAAGCACUGUGACGUUGGAUCUUGUUCAUGGUGGUCAUAGAUUAGCUUUGGAGAAGAAUGAAAGGGGAACGAUGCAAGACGUUUUGGUUCAACAAAUGGCGUCUUCGUUAACGAAAGAUUCAAAAUUCACAGCUGCUCUUGCUGCUGCUAUAUCUGGGAGGUUGAUGGAACAGGCUAGAACAUGAAGGUUCCAGUGAAUGUUUUUGUUUUGGUUUCUCAUCCCUG